AUGGCGGCGGCGGCGGACUUCACGCAGAGCAAGCAGGCCAUGUCGUACGCGCUCUGCAAGCACCUGAACCUCGAUCCAAAGAGCAUAUCCAGUACACUUAUCAAGGAGAAUGAUAUUGCGAGCCUAUUCUCACAUAUCGUGACCUCACCGCAGGAUGAGGUCAAGAAGUGGGUUGAGUUCUCCAGCAAUUUUGUUCUAAGUGAUGGAGAACAGCAUGCGUUACUUGGUAAUUUGAAUCAACAUUUGUCCCAGAUGUCGGUACUAUUAGCAGGUUUCAAACCAUCAGCGGCGGACAUUAUUGUGUUUGCAACCGUGCAUGUUUUCAUGUGUCAUCUUAGUGACAGUGAGUCGCAGAAAUAUCCAAAUAUAUUGCGGUGGAUGGACUACAUUCAGAAUGUAGUUGAUUUUGGUAUGACGCUGCAAAAGAUAAACUUGACCAAAUCUAUCUUCAACCCACCUGCAUCUGCACCUUCUCACCCAAAGAAAGCUGAUAAAGGAGAUGGUGAACCAAAUUCCAAGAAAGCUGUUUCAGGACAGAAGAUUGCGGAUAAGUCAGAUGGAGCUGCUGAUUCCAAAAAGGCUGCAGGGGAGAAUAAGGUUCCUGGGGAUAAGGCAAAUCCUACUUCUGCCAAAAACAACAAACCUUCUGGGGAUAAAAAGAAAGUCCAAGAGAAGACUGCCGGCAAAACAACAGAGGCAGCUGCAGAGAAAGCUCCACAGAAAAGUGCAGAAAAGGAUUCUGAGUGCAGUGUUAGUAUCCUGAAUAUACAGGUCGGCGUUAUUCGCAAAGCAUGGAAACACCCAUCAGCUGACAGUCUUCUGGUGGAGGAGAUAGAUUUGGGAGAUGGCAAUGUGCGUCAAGUUGUUAGUGGUCUUGCGAAGUUCUUCAGCCCAGAUGAACUUGUUAAUCGCCAUGUUGUCUUGAUCACAAAUGUGAAGCCUGGGAAGCUGCGGGAUGUAAUGUCUGCUGGAUUGGUCUUGUGUGCUUCAAAUAAAGAUCAUACAGUUGUGGAGCCUUUGAUUCCUCCGGAAGGAGCCAAGCUUGGAGAACGCAUUUGUUUUGCUGGGUUUGAUGGGAAGCCGGAAGAUGUUCUAAACCCAAAGAAGAAACAGUUGGACAAGAUAACACCGCAUCUCCGUACCGACGAGAAUGGAAUUGCAACGUUCCGAGGGGUACCAUUCACUACAUCAGCUGGUCCGUGUAGAUCCUCAGUUCCGAAUGCGGAUGUUAAGUGA